CCGCGUAGCCUGUAGCAAAUAUUUUCCGUAUUUUACUAUCUUCACUUUCUAAAUCUAGUCGAAUCAUAGCAGUAGAGGGUUUCGGAACAUACUUUUCAAUCAAUCAAGUAGAUUUGACGGUAUUGAUUCGAAAAGCACUUUCUGAAUUACUAUCUUUUAUUUUGUUAAUCACCUGCUGUUUCAUUUAGUGUUGUUUGUACAGGUCAUACUAUAACUGAACGUACUGCACUUGAAGCAUAAUAAACUUUAUAGCUUUUUUGAUAUUAAGUGACUACAUCCAAUUUUCCCUUGAAGUACUGGUAUAAAUCUUCUCAGUGUUUCUAUUUACAAACUGGCAGACAAUUUCAGGCCGGAAAUACGUGCAGGCAAAUUAUGUUGUGACAUUAAAACUUUUACUGCACGUCGUUUUUUCAAAGGCCUGAAUAAAACAGGAAUAAUAUUUAAACGCUUUAGUUUCCUUAUUGAAAUAUAUAAUGAAACAAAAUGUAAAAUCGGUGAAUUUAUUUAGUUUUAGGUUGCAGUUUGGUAUUCUGAACAGUUGCAUAGACGAGGUUGCUCUAAAGAAAAACAUAUCUCGACGGAGAAUUGCACCCAGAACAUCGAUCAAACCUGAUUCUCUACUCAUGCUGCGCAUUCGAACAAAUAAGGCAUAAUAGACAGAGGUUGACUGAUUUGAAAUAGUGCUAGUAUCUGCUAGAGUAUUCAUAUAUUAGGGUUACUAAUGAAGAAGAUGCCGAGAUCUGCUGUAAAACAGGGUUAUGAUACACGUUCUUUUACCGGCUAACGCGUCCAAGAGAGCGACCGGCUCAACUGUCCAAUUCUUUCUAGGAUCAUCGAAUUCUGCAGCUGGGAGUGCGACAGAAGCGUCAUCGAGCCAACAAAACAGCAAUUCCAAUGGAUUAAGCGGGACCAUUUCAGCAUCUACAGUAACAGGAUCAUCGAAUUCUGCAGCUGGGAGUGCGACAGAAGCGUCAUGUAAGUCGAAUGGAAGUGGUGAACAUCCAACCUUAAUGUCUUUUUGUUUUGUUAAAGCGAGCCAACAAACCAGCAAUUCCAAUGGAUUAAGCGGGACCAUUUCAGCAUCUACAGUAAUAGGUAUGCAUGUGGCA